AUGGGACGUUUUCCACCUUCUGAUGGGAAAGAGUAUAUUUUGGUAGCGGUUGAUUAUGUGUCUAAGUGGGUGGAGGCUAUUCCCACUAGGACAAACACUCAUCGGGAAGUACUCAGGUUUGUAACGAGAAACAUCUUCUCCCGAUACGGUUGUCUGAGGGCCAUAAUCAGUGACGGAGGCUCGCACUUCAACAAUGCACACUUUCGUGCAUUAUUAAAGAAAUAUGGAGUACAUCAUUGCGUCACUACACCGUACCACCCCCAAGCUAAUGGGCAAGUUGAAGUGAGCAACCGAGAGGUCAAGAAUAUUUCAAAGAAGAUCAUUCGACUAGACGGUAAGGAUUGGGCGCACAAGCUUCCAGAUGCAUUAUGGGCGUAUAGAACGGCUUACAAGACACCUAUCGGGAUGUCUCCGUUCCGACUCAUAUUUGGGAAGGUGUGCCAUCUGCCAGUUGAGCUCGAGCAUAGAGCUUAUUGGGCAAUAAAGAAGCUCAACCUAUCUUUGGACGAAGCAGGUAAACAUAGACUUCUCCAGCUGCAGGAAUUACAGGAGUUAAGGCGUGACGCAUACGAGAACGCGGAGUUCUACAAAGAAAAGACCAAGGCCUUCCAUGACAAGAACAUCAGAAGAAGAACUUUCAACGUCAAUGAAAAGGUUUGGUUAUAUAACUCUCGCCUUAAGCUUUUUCCAAGUAAGUUGCGCUCACGAUGAGACGGUCCGUACGUGGUUGUGGAAUCGUUUGACAACGGAUCAGUGCUUAUUUCCAACCCUAAAUCCGACAAACAAUUCAAGGUAAAUGGGCAUCGUCUAAAGCCCUACCUUACAACAGAGCCACCCACACCAGCAGAUAAGGUAAAUCUGCAUCUCCCCGAGGUACAUGAGGACGUGAUAAAGGUAACACCCUCAUCUCAUCGAUCAUUGUAG